AUGUGCAGAGAACAACGCCUCCCCAUGGUCAACAUCGGUCCCACAUGCGGUUGUACGGAUAAUUCGGUGCACCUUCCCCUGUAUUACUCUCAACAACAUCCAAAACCUCUGUGGGGAUUACGGCUUCUUGAAUAUGCCAACCAAGUGAUCUACUCAGGGCGAAAGGAGGACGAACACAUCUUUGGGCGUGUCCUCCCCUGUCGGGACGCGUCCAGAAAUGAAAAAAGUAAAUGUGCAGAGAACAACGCCUCCCCGUGGUCAACAUCGGUCCCACAUGUUCUGGAUAGCAGUCUUCGAAACGGUCGAAAUCCUUCUUUAGAUGGUAAUAACGAAAUCGACUGA